UGCUUGUUGUCGACGGUGAAGGCAGCCUUUUCAAUUGAGUCUUUGUGCAUAAGAAUCUGAUGGAAUCCUUGUGCCAGAUCUAACGUUGAAAAAUAUUCGGCUUUGCCUAAACUCUCUAAUAUUUCUUCAGUUCGGGGCAAAGGAUAUUUAUCUUCGAUAGUAAUGUCAUUUAGUUUACGAAAAUCGAUUAUCAUGCGAUAUUUUUUAACGCCGGAAGCGUCAGGCUUCUUAUUUAUGAUCCAUACAGGUGAUGAGUACGGACUUGUACUGGGACGGAUGAUGUCAUCUUGCAAAAGUUUAGCGACUUGUUUCUGAAUUUCGGUUUUUAAAUAGAGUGGAUAGACUCUGAUAGAAUGAGAUGUUACGGUACAUUGCUCUAAUUUUUCGUUAGGUUUUAGAAAAGCUUCGGGAAAUUUUCUACAAAGUUCUGUUAUCUUUUAA